ACGACUCUUUCGAUCAAGCAACAGAAACAAGUCAACUGUAACGUGAAUUAGAACGUAGUGUUAACAGCAGCUAUCAAAGAAAAGUAACAAUUUAAUUUCAAAUAAUUUACUUCGUGUCCUUAAAUACCCAACUUCUCAAAAACUCUACAAAAUGCCAGCCAGCAAUGUGAACGCUUUAGUGGGAGCCACCACCCGUUAUAUAGCAGGACGUCAUGCCAUGCAAACUUCUUAUUGGCGCGCCGCUCCUGGAUCCAGUGGCAAAAUGGUUAAAUACAAUAAAACCUGUGAGUUUGAUCGUUCACAACAAAUGCCCUCCGAGAUGAAAAAUCAACGUUACAAUCAAACUUUCCACAAGACAAAACCUGAAGUUUGAGCAAAUAUCUGUGACAAAGGAUCUAAAGAAUUCAAAGAAUUCCAAUCUAUCUAAUUUAAGUUAAAAUUUCCAGUAAUAAUUUGUGUGAUACAUAUUUAUUUUUUUUAUUUUCAAAAUAACUUUAAUGAUGUGUGAGUGUGUGGAUGUGUGUGGUAAUUUGAUGAAAAAGAAAACUUUAAAAAAGUUCCUAAAAUUUUAAAAAAAUACAUCUGUAAAGGAGUCUAGUAAAAUUCAUGUUUAAAUAUGUGACACAAUCCAGAGGCACCUCUAGCUCGUUACUCUAUGUGAAAAGUUCAUUCAUGGACUUUGGCCUACAUUCCAAGCGCAUUGAACAUUAUUGAAUCACGCCUUUGGUACAUGAAUUUUACGUCAGCAUCUUAAAUGAACAAAUUAUUUUUUUUUAUAUUGUAUUUAUAUACAAACAAUUGUACUAAAUAGAUGAUAAGAAUAUUUAUAAUUAUAAAUUAAAAAAAAAAACAUUAUUGAAAAAAA